AAGGAGAAAGGAACUGUGUAUGUCGUGCGCCUUACUGUUGUGCAAUACUGUCGUCUCUAUAAUCCAAUUGAAUGUCGUGACGGGAAAUCUCGGGUCACGCUGUUUGAUCUCAUUACCGGUUACCUUCACCUGAAAUAGCGUUCGUGAGCCGAUGUUUGAUGGAGUCUUUUUCUCUCUGUCUCUCAUGUAGCCCCAACAAAUUUCUUGGGGGAAAAGACAAUCAACUCAUUGUGUUCUUUUUUAGUCGAAGGAUGUUGUGUUUUUGGUUCCUGUCCUGAAUGGAAAGAAAAGGAAAAGGCGAGGCUGUUUUUCUCAGUGUAUUGAACGAAAAAUAAAAACGAGGAAAAUGCCCGGAAUUUGCCCUCGUUGCCAAAAGAAUGUUUACUUUGCCGAAGAGAAGAUGGCUCUGGGCAAAUCGUUCCACAAGAUGUGCUUUGCUUGCGCCAACUGCAAAAAGAUGUUGGACAGCACGAAUGCGACCGAGCACGACGAUGAGCUAUUUUGCAGAUCGUGUUACGGCAAAAAAUUCGGACCCAAAGGUUACGGUUACGGCGGCGGCGGGGCUGGAGUGCUAAGCAUGGAUGACGGAACCGGAUACAUUAACGGCCCCCCAACAUCGAAUAUACCUCAAUUGGCACAGGCUCAUGUGGCCCCACUUUUAGCUAACGGAGGGACAAGUGUACGACAGACCAACGGAAAUGGUUACAGCAAAUUCGGAUCCAAGAUUGACUGUCGUCGAUGCGGCAAAGUGGUUUUUAUGGCCGAAAAAAUGAUGGGCGGAGGUUCGUGUUGGCACAAGAGUUGCUUUACCUGUUUGUCAUGCAACAAACGACUCGAAUCGACGUCAUUGUGUGAACGUGAAGGCGAAAUCUAUUGCAAAAGCUGUUAUGGAAAACAAUUUGGACCUAAAGGCUACGGAUUCGGAUUAGGAGCUGGAGUCUUGCAAAUGUCUGAAUAGCUUUUGUUUUGCUGAGAGAGAAAGGGCUACGGACGUGCAGAUUCGGAUUGGUAGUCUGAAUUGUUCCAGCCAUUCCUGAAUAGCCCACCGCUGAACGACCGGCAUACAGUGAAAUCUGUUUUAACUCUUUUUGUUGCUAAGUAUAUCUU